AUGGGGGCUCACACUUCAGGUUUUUCAACCCAUGUUACACCACCCAUUUCUCAUAUUCGCGUUGAUGACACUGAAAUGCUUUUCGGAGAUGAUGAAGAUGAUGAUUUGGACAUUGAUCAACUGCUUCUCACAUCCAAAGCCUCCACCUCUGAUGCUUACUCCAAAACUAUUGUUGAAUCAAUCCUUGAGCGAGUAACAAAGGAACAUUCUACCAAUGUCUCUACUUUAUCUAAGGCAGUUUCUGAUUCUACUGAUGUCUUGAAGCUAACGACUGAAAAAGUCAAUAAACUAAUUGCCGACACAAUGCAAUUUAUGGAAGAUUACAAAACAACUUAUAACUCCAACACAGUAGCUGCGAACAAGGCAAUUCAGAACAUUGGUAUUUUAUUUCAAACCAAAAAUUUGAACUUUGUUGAGCUUUGCAAGGCUCCUAAGUCUGAUCAUGAAGCAUAUCAAUCUUCUAUCAUUGAGCAAAUAACAAUGCUCCAGGACGAUCUUGCAACAAAAAAAUAA